AUGUUCAAACCAGCAGUUCUCCUGGCUCUAGCCACUGCCGUCAUGGCGAGAAAAUGCCAAAAUCUCAACAUCCCCAUCUCCAUCUCAGCGCGCAAUGCCGUCUUCAAUCUCCCAAAUCCAGUAUCGGAAAUCGAUGUUACCAAUUUCGCCCUUUCUCUCACCCGUCCAGGCACUGAUUUCCCCGAUAGUAUAUUAACAGGUUACAAAACCGUCAGCGGCAAGUACUCCAUCGCCGCCACCUACUGCCAGCCAGAUCACGGACCCGGCAAGGCCCUCCAAAUCCUGACCCACGGUGUCGGUUUCGAUCGAAGCUACUGGGAUCUCUCCUUCAACAACUUCAACUACAGCUACGUUGCCCAUGCCGUUGACGAACAAGGCUACUCAACCUUCACCUGGGACCGUCUCGGCAUCGCCUCCUCUUCCAAGGGCGAUCCAGUCAACGAGAUCCAAAAGUCUCUCGAAGUUGCCGCUCUGCAAGAACUUUCCAUCCUCCUCCGCCAAGGCUCUGUCCGCGGCAUCAGCGCAAAGUUUGAUAAAUUCAUCCAUGUCGGACACUCCUUCGGCUCCGCCAUCACAUACAACUUCAUCAACGCAAACCCAGACUUCAGCGACGCCGCCAUCCUGACCGGCUUCAGCCAGAGCCAGAACCUGGAUUUCGCCACCGCCUUCCUCCUUGGCGGCAACUUCAGGCCUGUAAAGGAGAAUCCUCUCCUGGCAGCCAAGUAUCCGAUCGGCUACUUUGCGCCACAGUCAUCCAUUGGCGUCAACAUCCAGUUCUUUGCCCCGGGCGAUUUCGAUCCCAAAAUGCUCGCAAACGCUUUCAACAUUGGCCAAGCAGCUACUCCUGGCGAGCUCUUGACAAUUGCCUCUGGUGCUGGCGAUACCAACUCCUUCAAAGGCCACCUUUUAAUCAUCACAGGAGAACGGGAUCUGCCCUUCUGCGGUGGCAACUGCACAGACACCACAAGCAUUCAAGGGGCUUUCCCCGAUCUCCUUGCUCCCUCUAAGGCAUUCUUUCCUAGCGCCGCAACCUUCAACACAAGCAUUGUUCCCGGAGCCGGCCACGGCCUCAACCUGGGUUACUCUCACAAAACUACAUACGCGUCUAUGUUCGACUUUCUUAGUUCUUUCUAUUGA